CCUAUAGCCGUAGAACGGAUUCAGCUUGAAGAAGAAGAGCGUGUGGCCUUUGGCUGCCGAGAGGAGGGUUGCAUAAAAGUUUACCAAAGUCACAGCAGCCUUCAGCGUCACCUUGAUGCUGGGAAACACCUUCUAGCGUUAGAGAGAGAGUCCACGUAUGACGUGAUAAGAAAAAGUGGGCCGAAACCUGCAAGUCAAUUUCUGGUAGCUACGUGGAAGCAGCUCAGCCGCCCACAUCUGCAUCCGCCUCAGUUUGCCACAGCCAGUCGGAAGACCCGCUGCCAACAGCUGACAUGGGCUGGGCAUUAA